AUAUUGAGGAGAAUAAGACUGAAGAUGUGGACAAGUUGCUUCGAGACGCUGCCGAGAAAGGGCUAGAACAAAUAACAAAUAAAAAAUACGAUUUCGGUAUUCCCACAAGAUCAACCAAAUUGGUUAAGUGUGGAAUCGCCUUUAAAGGCAUGCGUUUCAAGCAAAAAUUGUCUCGAGGUAGAUCAAUGGAUUCUACUAUGCUGAAA